CAACCCUUUAAAAGUGGGGGCAUGCCGUAAAAAGGGCACCGUCUCAGUGAGCCCUAGUUAUCACGACUAGGCCUGCAUCUCAUAUUCUAAUCUCAACUGAAGUCUCGAGUGAUUCACAACUCACAAGUUGGUACAGAUCUCCCUGCUCUCCGCCUUCUUACAGUGGCUCGGAACCCUACUUCUUUGUAUUCUCUCAGCAAUGAAGCUUGUCAGGUUUUUGAUGAAAUUAAACAACGAGACCGUGUCAAUCGAACUCAAGAAUGGAACUGUUGUUCACGGCACGAUUACAGGUGUUGAUAUCAGCAUGAACACUCAUCUGAAGUCCGUGAAGCUUACACUGAAGGGGAAGAAUCCUGUAACUUUGGAUCAUCUUAGUGUUAGGGGAAAUAAUAUUCGCUAUUACAUCCUGCCAGACAGUUUGAAUCUCGAGACUUUACUCGUUGAAGAGACACCUAGAGUCAAACCAAAAAAGCCAACUGCUGGGAGAGCUAUGGGACGUGGUCGGGGUCGUGGACGCGGACGAGGACGGGGUCGUGGCCGUUAGGACCAUGUCCAACGUACUUCCGGUGAACAACAUUUACCUUGUGGGGAUUUGAUUAAGGAUUCUGAAAUUUCACCUGGUAUUAAUUGCUUGAAUGCCUCCUGAAAGAAAAGGUGAGUUGCAGGUAAAUGUGCCUAUGAUAGAGAUUAUCUUCUAUAAUUGUUCCCUUUAACUCGAAUUAAUCAUUCAACAAUUCACAAAGAUGCACCCAGUCUCCACAUUCAAGGGGGGUUCUUGGACUGAGAGACUGAACCAUGUACAUUGGGUCACAUAUUGAAUGGCCGAAUUCAGAACCCUGACUGCACCUAUUGGGCCCAGUUUGACAAAUAAUGACAAUCCCAUGGUAUACAGCUACUGUAUCUAAUAAGAGUCGGUGCAUGAUCCUGGUUGUCAUAUGUCAUUUUUGAUUCGGGACUUCCGCAAUUCAUUUGAAAUUGUAUGGAAAUGUAGAUUUUACAAUUUCAAUCCAAUGGUUUGAGAGGUUUGUUA